AUGAAAAGAAGAAUUGGAGGGGGAGGGUCUCAAUUGUCCAUCAGCACCUCCAGUAGGACCUGGGACCCCAGUCCAGCUACACACUUCUCUUACGUGCCUCUCCUGCCUCCUUACAGGAAGUUUAAAUUUAAUCCAAGGCUGGGCAUUGACAAUCCUGUCCUCUCCCUGGCUGAAGACCAGGCUCAGUCUGAUCCCUGGAACCUGCAACGGCCUCGCUUCUGUCUGCUGAGCAGAGAGGAGCAGAAGAACUUUGGGUUCCAUCUGCUGUACCAACUGGGCAAGACUGACCAUGUGGUGUACAGGGUGGAUCCAGGCUCCUCUGCCCAGCGCCACGGUCUCCGGGAAGGAGACCGGAUCCUAGCGGUGAACAAUAACAUUGUGGACCAUGAGGACUACACCAUGGUAGUGCGCCACAUCCGGGCCAGCGGUCCCCGGGUAUUGCUGACAGUCUUGGCACAGCACGUGCAUGACGUGGUGCGCGCUCAGCAGGGGAGCGAUGCCUUCCUUUGUCCUACCCUAGGAUCCGCAGUCAGGCCCCGGUUGUGCCAUGUAGUAAAAGAUGAAGGUGGCUUUGGCUUCAGCAUCACCCAUGGAUGUCGGGGUUCUUUCUGGCUGGUUCUCAGUUCUGGAGGAGCCGCUGAGAGGGCAGGGGUGCCCCCUGGGGCCCGGCUGCUAGAAGUGAAUGGGGUCAGUGUGGAGAAGUUCACUUCCAGCCAGCUCAGUAGGAAGCUUUGGCAGAGUGGCGAUCAGGUGACUGUGCUGGUGGCAGCGCCGGAGGUUGAGGAACGGUGUCGUCAACUGGGAAUGCCUCUUGCUGCACCCCUGGCAGAGGGCUGGGCACUGCCCGCCAAGCCCCGGUGUCUAAACAUAGAGAAAGGGCCUCAAGGCUUUGGCUUCCUGCUCCGGGAGGAGAAGGGCUUGGACGGUUGCCUCGGGCAGUUCUUACGGGAGGUGGACCCAGGACUGCCAGCUGACAAGGCUGGCAUGAAGGCUGGGGACCGCCUGGUGGCUGUGGCUGGGGAAAGCGUGGAUGGGCUGUGCCAUGAGGAGACAGUGUCCAGGAUCCGAGCGCAGGGCUCUCGCGUCUCCCUCAUUGUCGUCGAUCCUGAGGCUGACCGCUUCUUCAACAUGGUACGGCUGUCUCCCCUCCUCUUUUUGGAGAACACAGAGAAUGCUGCCUCCCCUCUGGCAGAAACCAAGGACUUUGCAGCUGAAGACACAGUUGAGCCUUCUAGCCCUGCCGGCUCCCGCCAAUGCUUCUUGUACCCUGGGCCCGGAGGUGGCUAUGGAUUCAAGCUCUGCUGUGUGGCCAGUAGGCCUUGUCUCUUCAUUUCCCAGGUGACCCCAGGAGGCUCAGCUGCCCGAGCAGGGCUGCAAAUGGGAGAUGCAGUUUUGGAGGUGAAUGGAUAUCCUGUGGGUGCAGACAACGACCCGAAUAGGCUUCAGCAACUGACUGAGGCUGAGCCACCCCUCUGCUUGAAGCUGGCAGCUAGGGAUCCGCAGGACUUGGAAGCCUGGAUCUCUUCGGAGUCUGGAAAGGACUGGACCCUGCCUUCAGAGCUGCUAUAAGAUACCCCUGCUGGGCACAGAUUUGCCUAGUGGCUUUCCU